AUGUCCUUGGCCGUUUCCUUAGCCCACGCAGGCGGCGUGCCAGCAUGCGUGCAGAGGAAGGGCGUCUCUCUGAUCGCCAGCGAGCGAAGCCAACCUAAUUCCGUCAAGUUCAGGCCAUCUUCCUCCGUUUACAGUGUCUCUAGUAGUCUUGCGAAGACUACCGCCGUCAGACGACUAGGCGUCGCACAGCAAUGGCAAGGCCAAGCCAGACAUUCCCUGCGGACAAGGCCCACCCGAGCGACUCGUCCCUCAGCAGGCAUCGCGCACCCCACGCUUUCUCACACCCCUUCCGGGUGCCGCUGCAGCAGCAGCAGCAGCACCAGGCUAACCUCCUCGUCCUCUUCCGCCCUUCAAUAUAGUCACCUCGGACAAAGAACUCGCGUGCAGCAACAACAGCGGCGGCAACGUGAAGCUGUCGCCUCUUCCGAAUUUCUCGGCCGCACCUUGCGCACGCCCGUCGCUCGCUCUCUUCCCCGCGCCACUCCGCCUUCCGCCGGCUCUCGCGCCGAUUUCCCCCGCAGCCCUGAUGGACCCUCCGCAGCCGGCGCGCGGUUCUCCCGCCGCUGCCGCCUGGCCGUGUCGCCGCGGUCGCAGUCGCAAGCGUCGCAGGGCCCCACCGAGCCGCAAGCCGCGCCGUCCGCGUCGCCGCCGAUCCCGGCGGAUAUUCUGCCGGCGCUGGGAAACCUAGUGGAAAUCAUAGGCCGAAUGAAGGAGGAGGAGGAGGGGAAGAAGGGGCAAUACCUAGGUGACGACGCCGGCGAGGAGGGGGAAAUGGGGGAAGCGGCGGGCGGGGAGGCGGAGCGGGUGACGAUGUCGGACGCGGAGCGCGCGGAGGUGGAAGCGCUGCUGAGCGAGCGGCUUCCGAGCCACCCGAAGGUGCACCGCGGCAUGCUCGAUAACGGGCUGCGAUACGUCAUCCUGCCCAACAAACUGCCGCCCAACAGGUUCGAGGCUCAUUUGGAGAUGCACGUAGGGUCGGUGGACGAGAGGGAAGACGAGCAGGGCCUGGCGCAUCUGAUCGAGCACGUCACCUUCCUGGGGUCGCGCAAGAGGGAGAAGCUGCUGGGCACGGGCGCGCGCUCCAACGCCUACACCGACUUCCACCACACCGUCUUCCACGUGCACGCGCCCGUCACCAUGCAGGGCUCGCAGGAGCCGAUGCUGCCGAUGGUGCUGGCGGCGCUGCAUGAGAUCGCGUUCGCGCCCAAGUUCCUGCCGUCGCGCAUUGACAAGGAGAGGCGCGCCGUGCUGUCGGAGAUGCAGAUGAUGAACACCAUCGAGUACCGCGUUGACUGCCAGCUGCUGCACCACAUGCACUCGGAGAACCUGCUGAGCUGUCGUUUCCCGAUAGGGCAGGAGGAGCAGGUGAAGAAGUGGCCGGUGGAUCAGAUCCGCGCCUUCCACGACCGCUGGUACUUCCCGGCCAACGCCACGCUCUACGUCGUGGGGGACCUGGCGUCUGUGUCAGAUAUUAUCCGACUCAUUGAGGUGGAUCAGAUCCGCGCCUUCCACGACCGCUGGUACUUCCCGGCCAACGCCACGCUGUACGUGGUGGGGGACUUGGCAUCAGUCGCGGACAUUAUUCGGCUCGUUGACGUGAGUGAGUGGGUGGUUGUUCACAGCCACAGCGGAGGGGAAGGGGUUGGUGCGACUCACAGCCUUCCACAGAUAUCAUCCGGCUCAUUGAGAGGCAUGCACAUGCCGCCUCCCCCCAGCCCCACACCCACCAUCCCCGCCCACUCCCCCUCCGUCCACUCCUCCACUCUCCCCCUCUCCAUCUCACACCACCACUCCUCCGCGCCCUCCCUCACUCCCGCCUCCGCCUCCUCCGCGCCCAGCCUCACUCCCCCCAUGCACCCCGCCACUUCCCCCACCAUGCCCGCCGUCCCCCCCAGCUCCGCGCUCUCCGCCCUGCACCCCCAUUCCGCCGAGUCCCCCUCCCCAUACGCCUCCCCCGCGACCAUCCCCGGUCCUGUGCGCAAGGAGAGGCAUGCUGUGCGCCCGCCUGUGCGCCACACGUGGGCGAGAGAACACCUGGAGGGGGAGAGCGCGGGGGGGAGUGCGGGGGAAGGCGCGGACGUAGGGGGAAGGCCGGGGGGAGAGGGGUUUUUGCCCCCGGCGGUGGUGCCGUCAGCAGCAGCGGUGCAGCAGCAGGCAGCAGCAAGGGAGGGCGUGGUGAUGCCAGUUAUCUUUCAACACGAGCUGCUGCAGAACUUCUCUCUCACCAUGUUCUGUAAGAACCCAGUGAAGCAGGUGCAGACGCUGGGCGACCUGCGGCGUGCUGUGAUGCAGCGCAUUGUGCUCAACGCGCUGCAGUUCCGCAUCAACAACCGCUACAAGAACGGCACAGUGCCCUUCCUAGGAGUGGACCUGGAUCACAGCGACAGUGCCAGGGAGGGGUGCACCGUCACGACGCUCACAGUCACAGCGGAGCCCACGGACUGGCAGUCUGCGCUCACCGUCGCCCUGCAGGAGGUGCGGCGCCUGCAGCAGUUCGGCCUCACGCGCGGCGAGCUCGCCCGCUACGUCACCACCAUGCUGCGCGACAGUGAGCACAAUGCAGCUAUGACGGACGCGAUUCAUUCCAUCGACUCUCUGGAUUUUCUCAUGGAGAGUUUCGCCCUGGGCCAUGCGGUUCUGGACCCCGAGCAGAGCUUUGAGUGCCUGUCGGCCAUCGCGCCGACGAUUGAGCUGGAGGAUGUGAAUGCGGCAGCAGCGGAGGUGCUGGAGUUUGUGGCGGAGUAUGGGAAGGCGGAGGCGCCGCGACCGGCUGCGAUUGUGGUGUGCGUGCCGACGAGGAUGCACGUGCAGGGGGGCGAGGGGGGAAGGGAGAAGGGAGAGGAGAGGAGCGGGAGCGGGAAUGGGGCGAUGGUGCAGAGCUCUUCCUCUGCAGCUGCUGGAGCAGGGGCGGGGGUAGGGGCGACAGCGAGUGAUGUGGUGUUUGAGGUGACUCCCGAGGCGGUAAGGGAUGCGCUGCUGGCAGGGCUCAGGGAAGACGUGCAGCCCGAGGACGAGGUGGAGGUCCCCCGCACGCUCAUUUCCGAUGCUGAGCUGGCGGAGUUGCAGCAGAAGAUCCGGCCUCGAUUCGUGCCGUUCCCGCCCACGGAGGGUAACGCUGCUGACGUGGCGCCGUCUGAGUGGCGUGUGCGGCAGUACAAUAAGGAGACGGGCAUCAUCCAGCGCCGCCUCAGCAACGGCAUCCGCGUCAACAUGAAGGUGACGGACAACGAGGCAAAGGGCGGGGUGCUGCGGCUGGUGUUCCCGGGGGGGCGGGCCAAGGAGGACCCGCAGGGGGCAGGCGAGGUGGCCGUGGGCGUGAGGACACUCAGUGAGGCGGGGCGCGUUGGGGACUACAGCCGCGAGCAGGUGGAGCUGUUCUGCCUGGCGAAUCUCGUGAACUGCAUGCUGGAGGCGGAUGAGGAGUGCGUCGCACUCGACCUGCACUUCGCCACACGCUACGGCGGCCUUAAAGCGUCCUUCCAGCUCCUGCACAUGCUGCUGCAGCAUCCGGCAUGGGACGAGGAUGCGCUGGAGAGGGCCAAGCAGGCAUACCUCUCCUUCUACAGGUCUCUCCCGAAGAGUCUGGAGCGGCUGACAGCGAGCAAGCUGAUGGGCGCCAUGUUCGAUGGGGACACACGGCUGCUGGACCCGCAUCCCGCCAUUGUGUCCAACCUCACGCUUGACACCGUGCGCCAUGCCGUCAUGCAGCAACUGCUGUCGGGGAACAUUGAGUUGAGCAUAGUGGGCGAUUACAGCGAGGAGGAGAUGACAGACCACAUUCUCAAGUAUCUCGGCACUGUCACCGCCCUCCCUCCGCCCGCCCACGUCGUCUCGCCCUUCGCCGCACUCCCUCCCAACCCCGCCUCCACGCCCUCGCCCCCCUCCACCACUGUGCUGCCCCCGCUGCACCCGCCCCCCGUGCUCGCCCUCCCUGGGGAACCGCCCUUCAAGAUGGUCACUUCCUGCCCGCCUGCCCUGCGCCACCAGAAGGUGCUCUUGCGAGACACAGAUGAGAGGGCCCGAGCCUACAUCGCAGGUCCGGCACCUAACCGGUGGGGAUUCGCACCAGAUGGGCGGGAUAUCAACACGAUCCUGGAGCCCAUUCCGCCUGGCUACACAGCAUCGCGAGCAGCAGCAAUGGCAGAUGAAGGCCCGCUGCUGGCGAGAGCAAUGAGGCACCUUUUCACCAUGGGGCGAGGCAACACGCACAGCCCUAAUGGAAGGGCACCGGGAGGAGCGGGAGCAGCGGGAGGUGGUGGGAGGGGCGAGGGCAGCCUUUUAGGAGACCCUGAUGCACAGGCGGUGGCGGUGGCGCCGUUGGGAACAGCAGUGGUGGAGGGCGCCGACGGGCGCAAGUACUGGCACCGGCGCCGCCACCCGCUGUACACGUCGGUGGGCGUGCUGCUGCUGCAGGAGAUUGUCAACGCUCGCCUGUUCACGACAGUGCGGGACGCCCUGGGGCUGACAUACGAUGUCAACUUUGAGAUAUCGUUGUUUGACCGCCUCGCCACCGGCUGGUUCUGCAUCAGCGUCACCUCCACACCCGCCAAGAUCCAGCAGGCCGUGGAAGCUUCCCUGAACGUUCUCAGGGGGCUGCAGGCGAACCGCAUCACACAGAGGGAGCUGGACCGGGCCAAGCGUACGCUCAUUAUGCGGCACGAAUCCGACCUCAAGGACAAUGCCUACUGGCUGGGCAUGCUCACACACCUGCAGUGCGACUACGUGCCGCGCAAGACGGUCUCGUGCAUCGCGGACCUGCCGUGUAUCUAUGAGAUCACCACAGUGGACGAUGUGUACACGGUGUACAACCACAUCCCGCUCGAUGAUAACAGUGUCUUCACGUGCAUUGGUGUGGCCGGGGCCGUUGGGUCGGACGUGGACUCGGCAGGAAGUGAAAGCGAUGCGAGCGACGCAGAGCCAGUAUCACCAGCGGGCACAAUGAGUGGCGGCAGGGGCGCCUCCCUGAUGACGCGGCCCACAGCAUGA